AUGUCCACGCACACGGUGUUCCGCCUGGCCUCGCGCGACGGCUUCGACGGGCUCAAGGCGUUUCAGGAGCCCAUGUCCAGGCCUGGUCGGGGUGAAGUACUCGUCAAGGUGCGCAGCGUAGGGCUAAACUAUCGGGAUAUCGCCAUCGCGACGUCAAAUUACCCCCUACCGGUCAAAGACCUCGUCGUUCCAUGCUCGGACAUGGCGGGCGAGGUGGUGCAGGUGGGUGACGACGUCGUGAGUGGCGGCGGCGCCGACGAAGUGGCUGUGGGAGACGCCGUCGUCACACCGGCGAGCUUCGUGUUGCUGUAUGGCCCGACCAAGGGUCACCUCGACACGCUGGGCGGAGGCCGGGACGGCGUGCUGCGCGAGUACUUCGUGGUGCCGGCGCAUGCCGUCAUCAAAAUCCCGCAAUCGUCGUCCCACAGUCUCACCGACUGGGCGGCCAUGACAACCACAGGGGCGACGGUGUGGAAUGCAUUUUACGGUCAUACGCCCUUGAAGCCGGGCCAGACUGUAUUGGUGCAAGGCACCGGCGGGGUCGCUCUCACAGCGUUGAUUUUCGCCAAAGCAGCCGGCGCCACCGUCAUUGUCACAUCGUCCAGUGACGACAAGUUGGAUUAUGUCAAGGCCAAGUAUGGCGCCGACUUCACCAUCAACUACAAGACGCACCCCCGCUGGGCCGCUGAGGUGCAGCGCAUUACCAACGGCCGAGGCGCCGACCACGUCGUCGACGUCGGCGGCGCGGGGACCAUCGAGCAGAGCCUCGAGGCGGUGGCCUGGGGAGGCAUCGUGUCCAACAUUGGCUUUUUGGCCGGCGUGCCCGAAGGUCAAAUGCCCAACGUAGCUUUAAUGACCCUGGUCAAAGGUUCCACGCUCCGCGGCAUCUUGAGCGGGUCGAAGCAGCAACUGGAAGAGGCCGUGAGGAGAUCCUGGCCGCCUUUGAGUACGUCGCUUCCGGCAAGAUGA